UUGACAUCACCUUCGACAGACAUGACCCCGACACCGUCGCCCUCAUCGCUGGCACCAUUGUCGGGGUCGAGAGUAUCCCUCCAAAGGACAGCCGCGACGCGGUGGCUUCGCCCAAGGAGCCACCAGCGCAUCGUCAUUCGACUCCCCGACAUCCGAACGAUUCAUAAGUGCACAGUGCACGUGCACACAUGUCGAUACGAUGCCUCGAUCAUGGAACAGCCAGAAUACGCCAUCUCAACGGAAAUGGUGUUUGCCUGCCGCCAGUACCCCCACAUGGCGUUUCAGUCGUCGUGGACGACGUGGCGGUCCUUUGAUGAGUUCCGCGUGCUGGACUACCAAUUGCGGCAAAUCCCCAUGCACAAAGCCUCCGCCCCCAAAACAACCCCCCUCGACGUCGUCGUCGAGUCGACUGCACCCGCAACUUCCCUGCCUCUGUUUUCAUGGUGGCGAAAGUCCACGCCGACGUCAACCGGAACGAAGGAUGUUGUCGAGCAACAUCCGAUGGUAGCCAUCGCGCCACUACCGCUGCAUCGUCGAAAGCGGUGGCUCUUUCAGCACAAGACCAAGUCUUUCAUGGUCCAGCGCCAAGGGGAAUUGGAAGCGUAUUUGCAAGCCGUGUGCGCCACGUCGUUGCGCUUGCUCCAUUUCCUGGACAUCCACGCACCCCCGUAUAUGCGGUACUUCUGCAACUUUGACGCUGGGUUUGGCACCCAGCUCCACGUGACGGUGUGGAAUCCAUCGUUGGGGGCGGUGGAAAAGGAUAAACUCGACGUGCUUGAGAGCCAUCUCUUGGACGAUGCGAGCCGUGGCAUCCUCCUGUGUUCCACAUACGGUUGCAAAUGCCACUUCCAAUCCCUCGUAGAAGGCCACCGCAACAUGCAAGCGUACUUGACCUCCAAGCAUCUCCAAAUCGUUCCGUGGGACCUGCCAGGCAUCCCCGAGGAUGACGAUAGCAGCUGUGAUGUUCGCACCGCAUACUUGUGCCUUGUCCAAGAACUAUACACCAUUGAAGACAUGGAGCUCGAGCUGGCGUCCCUCGAACGUCUAGACAAAUUGCGCCACAAGGGAGCAAUACACAGGAUGCCAGCGACGGCAGCCGCGGAGAAACUGAGGAGGUACAUGACCAACUACGGUAUUUUACAUGCCGAAGCCAUCGCUUCCCACGUCGGGAUGAAUGUCAUUGAUGUGAAAAAGGCGUUUCACGUUGCCAAGAAGCCGACUCAAGUGCGCGUGGGAGCUUUGGCCCUUCAAACCCUGGCUACGAUGCUGAAUCUCACCAUCAUCCUCGUCACCAACGACCACCGACACACUGUCCGGACUGUGGUGCCAUGGAAAUCGCCGCCGCCACUCGUAGAUGGCCCCCCGCGGCAUCUCAUGUGGAGCUACCUUCUCCCAACGUCCCAGUACAUCCAUGGUCACUACCGCAUUUUACGCUCACUUGCCCCGUUGUCGUCUCAAAUGCAACCAAAGCUGUCGCAACAAGACUGGAUGGUCAUGGACAAACGAUUUGUCCGCUCCAUGGCGCACGUAGUCGAGAACAACGUCAUUACUGUUGUGGAUUCAGAAGACAUGACCGCAGAGGUGCUGCAGCAAGCGAUUUUGGACGCCGUGUGGCUUGCCUGUGAACAAAAUCCUAAACGGUUUCAGCGUUUCCAAUGGACCUCCAAGCAGUACGGCACGUCUCGCAUGCCUGGCGCCACGUUCUUUGCCUUUCUUGAGGAACUCUUUCGACCCACCGGCGCAGCAUACAUCUCCGACUUCCUCGUGCAUGUGCUGCCAUUACCCAAGAAGCGGCAAGCUCUCGUUCGGGCACGAUGGAAUCGCUUCCACUCGGAACUCAUGAUCAAGCGUGCUUCACAGCUCCAUCUUGCCGCUCGGCGGUCCUUGUCGUGUUCGUUCGUCUCAUCCGGUGUAGAUUCAUCGAACGCCUCCACGGCCUCCACGUCUCCAACAGUAGUGUAGUAGUGCUCAAGAACUUAUUUAUGGUCGGUCAGAAGUGUCAAAUGUCCUCAAUUGAGGUGUAUGUUAUCCGGA